AUAACAAAACAAUUAUUGAUCUCAACUAUGAGGUCGCAGCGUGUAUAACAAAGAAGAAUAAUGGGUUUGAUCUAUUCUUUGUAAGGUCGAUGCCGGGUCCAUGCAUGGUUUGGUCCCUAUAUUGUACAUCAUAUACGCAUUUAGCGGCUGCAUAUACUGCAUGUAUAACAAGAAUAUUCCAGUGACAAAUGUAUCAUAUGGGACUGUGAAUAUUGGCGCCGGAAAUUAAUUGUUUCUGUGUGAAGAGGAUGUAUUGAAGUCUCAGCACGUUAACAUUAUGGACGUCGACCUUAAGCUCACAAUAUAUUAACUCUCGCAAAGAUCAUUUAUGUUAAUCCGGAUCUAUUAUAUCGGUGAUGAUUUUGGUAUGAUUACUGUGAUAUAGUCACUAGAUGCUGGAGUUUAGGAUGGCCCUAAAAUAUCUAUUACCAGUUGUCGUACUGUAUUGGUCACUGGAAACUGUUACUUCAGCUCCUUCACAUUCUCCCCGACCUAAUGUCAUAUUCAUCCUCGCAGACGACUUGGGACACAACGACGUCGGUUAUAUCGGUCGCGAGCAUGGAUCGGCGAUACGUACGCCUCACAUUGACCGGUUAGCUGAGGGAGGGGUCAGGUUGGAUAAAUAUUAUGUCCAGCCAAUCUGCACCCCUACUAGGAGCCAGCUACUAUCGGGAAGGUACCAGAUCCACACAGGUCUCCAGCAUAGUAUAAUACAUCCUGCCCAGCCAAACUGCCUUCCUCUAGAUGAGGUGACUCUCCCCCAGAAAUUGAAAGAGCAGGGCUACGCCACUCAUAUGGUGGGGAAAUGGCAUCUUGGAUUCUAUAAAGCCGCCUGCAUGCCAACGGAAAGGGGCUUCGAUUCGUAUUUUGGAUAUCUCACCGGAUCUGAAAACUACUACUUCCACAAUCGUUCCUACACUGUCAAUGGAAAGUAUAUAAGAGGCUUUGAUUUACGGGACAACAAGACACCGGCAUUCCAGUACAAGGGACAGUAUUCGACACAUCUUUUUACUAAAAAAACAAUUGAUGUUAUCAAAACUCACGAUAAGUCCAAGCCUUUCUUCCUGUACUUGGCGUUUCAAGCAGUUCACUCGCCCUUGGAAGUACCUCUAAAAUACAAGGAGCCUUAUGCGAACAUCAGCGAGUUAAACCGAAGGACAUAUGCAGGAAUGGUCACGUGUAUGGAUGAAGGCAUAGGGAACAUUACUCAGGCUCUUAAGGACACGGGACUGUACAACAACACCAUCAUCAUAUUCUCAUCAGAUAAUGGUGGUCCGGUUCAUGUUGGUGCGAAUAACUGGCCUUUAAGGGGGUGCAAGGCCACACUCUGGGAGGGAGGGGUACGUGGUGUGGGGUUCGUUCACAGCCCACUCUUACCCCCAUCAGUGACAGGAAGGAUCAAUCGUGAGUUUAUACACGUUAGCGACUGGCUACCAACCAUCGUGACAGGGAUUGCUGGAGGUAGCCUGAACGGCACCAAACCGUUAGAUGGCUUCAACGUUUGGGACUCCAUCAGUGGCAUGGAACCCUCGCCCCGGAUAGAGCUCCUUCAUAAUCUUGAUCCCCUCGUCGUGGCACCGGACGUCGAAAGCGAUGAUGAUAAGGGAUGGAUUCCUGGACGAUUCAAUACUUCACUACGUGCUGCUCUGCGUGUUGGUGAUUGGAAGAUACAGACAGGCACUGGAGAGAAAAAUGAAAUACCAAGUCCACCUGCAAAUUUCUGGAAGCCUCCUCCUGAAUCGGGUCUUCCCGCUAUUUACCCAGUUCAAAAACCGAAUCAGAAAGUGUGGCUCUUCAACAUAACUGCUGAUCCGCUAGAGAGGAACGAUCUAUCCGAUAAAUAUCCGGAUGUGGUGGAAAUGCUUUUACGCAGACUGCAGAACUAUUAUGAAGAUUCGGUUCCGCCGAGAUAUCCGCCCUCGGAUAUGAAUGCAGAUCCGGCUAAACACGGUGGUGUCUGGGGUCCGUGGGAAUGAAAUCGAUCCUAUAGGGAGCGAUUCAUCAACUUUUUCUUUUGUCCGACAAGUUGUCAGAUUGUAAUUCAGGAGUCACUACAUGCACCCCAGUCAUUUAUCGACAUUCCAAUUUCCAUUAUUUUAUUAAACACGCUGACGAUACAAACAUAUAUUCUCUAAUACGAAUCUUGAUCAAUCGUGUAAAACUACGAACACUGACUUAACGAUUGUAUGUGCUAAUUAACCUACGAUUAAUUAGAAAAGGAUCCAUACGAUAUCCGAAGAUCCGCAAUGCAUAUUGAUAUUAAUGUUGAAGAAGUCAUAUAUCAGGAGUUUAAACGAAAAUGUUUUGGGUAGUUAAUAUUGUUGCCUUUAUGUAUUGGUGUGUACUUUAUAGGCAUUCGGCCUUUGCUUGUCCCUGCUUCCGAUUUGUCGUGCUCUUAAUUUGUUGUAAAUUUUUAUCUUUUAAAUUAUAUUUUGCUUUUUUACAUCCCUUGCCUCUUUAUUAUAUAAGAUUUUUUUUAUCAUGUUGCAUGUAUGUUUUUAUCUUGGAUGCGAAUAAAAGGCCAUAAUGGGCCAACCAACCAUCCAUCCAACCAACCGAUCGACCGACCGAGCAACCAACCAACCAACAAACCAAGCAAGACAGCAACCAACCAACCAACCAACCAACCAUCCAAGCAAGCAACCAAGCAACCAACCAUCCAAGCAACCAACCAACCUACCAACCAACCAACAAAUCAACAGAUCUACAUGAAUAUAAUGUAAAUGAAAUUCGGAACAAACUCUCAUAAAACAUUUAUAUUGUACAUCGUAUUUCUAUAUUUCAAAAAGUGUAUUGUGUACAUUGCUCUUUUUUCUCUUUUCUUGCCUUUCUUACUGUAAUAGAGUUUGAACGGUCACAAGUAAUCUGAAACCAACUAUACACCCUUCAAACUAACGUAUUUACGGAGCUAAUGAAGGAACUGAUUCACUAUAUAUAACUGCUGGAACUGAAUGAUUAAAAAAAAACUGGCACACAGAUGUUUAGAUUCUCACAUUCCACCUCAAUACAGCCAUAAGAUUAAUCACAUAGGUUUUUAAAGAUAUAUCAGUGCAAUUAGGUUUCAUAAUUAGUUUGGUUAAAAUAAGGCUACAUAUUCGUUUACUAGUAUCAUCAAUAAUAUUCACUGCCGAAUAAACUAAAGCAACAACAACAUCAAUGUUUAAGGGUUUUUUGUUGUUGUUGACGUUGAUCUUUAGAAUUUGAUAGUUAUAAUAGUGAUUGAAUGGAUGCUUCAGUUUUGAUUAUUACAUGCAGUACUGGAUUAUAAUAAUUUCAUGUAAAGUAUAUUUUGGGUCAUUUUCAUGGUGCACUUUGGAUAAAGAUAUCGAAGUCCAGGUACCACCUUUUGGGGGUGCCUUGAUACCCGAAUGCACUACGGAAGUGACCUCUUGAUUUAUAUGUUACUUGGAUAUUAAUUAAUGAUAUCUGGGCCCCGUCUUACAAAGAGCUACGAUUGAUCCAAUCAAUCUCAACUGUAUGGAAAUCCAUCAAUGUCAUAAUUUAUUUUGCAGGAAAUUGUACUUUUGUCUUUUGUAAGCAAAGAAAAGCACACUGAACUUGCAAGAAAAGGAUGAGUGCACGAAUAUAAAGCAUAUCUAGAAAAUAUUUUGAAUCAAAAUGCAUUUUAGAUGUUGAUGUUGCUGGCUUUCCAUAGUUGCGAUUGAUCGGAUCAAUCUCAACUCUUUGUAAGACGGAACCCUGAUGUUUAUUUUCAUUUGUAAUUCAUGUUCAAUUCAUUUUUUUUACUGCAAGACGUAAUGUUUUUAAUAAUGAUAAUAAUAAUAAUAGUGGCUACUUAUAUAGCGCACAGGUCCACCUUUCGGUGCUCAUUCAUUCAUCUUAUCUUAUAUUUUUGUACCUGUUUGAAAUGUGAAUGAAUUGAGAACAAACUGAUCUAAUGUAUAUUGCAUAUCGUCUUUCUAUAUUUCAAAAGUGUAUUAAGUACAUUGCUCUUUGGUCUCUUGUCUAGACUUUCUUACUGUAACAUAGUUUGGGCAAACACAAGUAAUUUUAUGCUUCCUUCAAAUUAACGUACUGCGUAUUUCAGGGGCUAAUGAAGUGUCAUUUGUAGUUAGUGAUUCGUUAUUACAUUUUCUUAAAUCACUGUUUUGUGAAAAAUAAGCGAAACUUCAAAAUGUCAUAACUUUCUUAUUUUACAUCCGAUUUUGAUGAAAUUUUCAGCAUUAUACUAGAUUGAUUUUUCUCUAUUUACUCAAAUAAACAUUUUUCUGGGGUGGACUUAUCCUUUAAAUUGCUGAAACUGUAUGAUAUCAAUAAAGAGAUUUUUAAAUUCCAA